AGAAGUGUGCUCAUUCAAAAAUGAACGCCGGCUUUGGCUGUAGUCUGGAGGGCUACACUUCCCUUUACAUUUUAUAGUUUCAAAUAGUAACCCGUCAGUGUGAAUGUUGUCAGCGAAGGGAAAGACAAUCAAAUUACAUACCGUAGAGUGUUGCCGGGAAAAUCCACUGUGGAGCAUCGUCAACGAGGACAGGUAAUUUGAUGAACCCCUGUCUUUCAAGGUGGCUGUCUUCUGAUUGUCAUGGACUCGUGAUGUUGACCUUCGCUAUAAGAGCGUAUGGCCACGCUGGUACAGUUCCUCCGCUGGGCGCAUCCGUUGAUCGGGACGAUCAUCAACAUGUGUACUAUUUCAAAUGCCAUGGGACUAAACUUGGUGCAUAGACCGUCCAUGAGGAAAAAAUCUUGCUUCCAAUACAGGUACAGGGGGACAGGGGGCCGGUUUAUUGCACAUGCCACUGACGGGCCUCGGGUUCAUCCGCGACAACUCCUACAGCUUGUGCUCAAACUAUGCCUACAACUGUGUCCAGCUGUGUCCCGAGUGAAUUCUCCCUCCGAGUGGAGUUGCCCCAUCGCAGGUCUCGGUCUCAUCGGUACAAGCCAUGGUGUGAAAAUUCUUCCCCCCCUAUUCUGGUCGCCAUGCUGGGAGAUAUCGGAACGAUCAUGGGUGGAAGCAUGUGAGUGCAAGGGAAAGAGAAGUGUUCUUUGGGUCUGUGUUUCAUAUUGGUAGUGAUCAUUGUAAGGCCAUGUAUGCCGUAAGAUACUGAUAGGCUGUAUCCUGACGGUGUUGGCGGUCAUCAUUCUAACUCCUGAUAACAUGCCACAGCCUGUGCGGAUAUGAUUCUGCUCUCACAGACUAAGGUCGACAGUUUGGGAAUAGAAGGAUUGAAAUCGAAAGUUGCACCUAGCCUUUGAUUAUGUCACCUCCAGUGCUCCCACAGCAUCACUGAGAGUUUGCGCCUGCCAGGCACUUUCGCUUGCCAAUGUC